AUGUAUCUCGGUAAAGCUCUUCUGUUUGUCUUACUCCUAAACUGCGCGACCACCAGUCUGUCUCUGUCAACCUGCGCCACGGUGGAUAUCGAUCAUGUGAAGCGGAAGAGGUUCGAGGCGAUACGGGGACAGAUACUGAGUAAACUCCGGCUGACCAGCCCGCCACACUCCCUGGGACCCAGUCAGGUCUCCUACCAGAUCCAGUCGUUGUAUAACAGUACCAGGGAGCUUCUAGAAGAGUUGGGAAGAGACAGGCAGCAAAGUUGCGGCCAAGACAACACGGAGACCGAAUAUUAUGCCAAAGAGAUAUACAAAUUCAACAUGGUCCAGGGACCGCCAGAAAACAGUAGGCUAAAUCGUGUUAUGUUUUUUUUAUUUUUUUUUCAUUUUAAAUGCUAUUUUGGUUGAUAAGCUAAUUUCUAUUAUUAUUUUUGUGUGAAACUCUUUUUUUUUGGAUGGCAGUUGGGUGCUCCAUAAUGCACGAGAUCAAUGAAUAGAGAGCGUGCCGAAUGCGUAAUUUGGGAAACUAGCGCGUGAUCACAAGAGGGAGGGCAGUGAAACUCCUAAAAAGAGUGGUUUAUCUAGUAGUCAUGACGAUGAUAUUGCAUGUAUGGAGUGUGUGGAUAGGAUAUAGUAGACUAGGGUUUCCCGAACUCGGUCCUCGGGACCCCAAAUGGGUGCACGUUUUGGUUUUUGCGGUAACACUACACGGCUGAUUUUAAAAUGUUAAAAGCUUGGUGAUUUUAAUUGAUUAUUUGAAUCAGCUGUGUGGUGCAAAAACCAAAACGUGCACCCGUUGGUGUCACGAGGACCGAGUUUGGGAAACCCUGCAGUACACAGAUGGAAUGUCUCAGAAACUAUAUCUGUUGACGUUGCCUUAGAUAAGAUCGCCUUAGAUGUGCUAACUUCAUUUCAGUUCACUUUAUUGGCCUUAUUCAGGAAUGUGUCUAGGACUUCAGUGAGAUGUGGGAGUAGUAGAAGCUAUGUUGUGGAUUAACCUGGAAAUUGCCUCAGCACUUUCCCCAACCUAUUGCAAUCCAGAGGACUAGUGUUUUGUGUAAAGUCUAUCUCCUCCUCUAUCUCCUACCUCUGACACAUGCCACUACUCCCAGCUAUUCCAACCGACCUAUCCAGGCGACCAACGCCUGCAACGAACAGCCGAAAACCGCCGACCAACGCACUACCAACUGACGAACACAACGCGCACCUGCCUCGAGUCACUCGUCCACAGGUCCACACCGCCCCGACCGCGCAGACCCGACCACGCCGCGGCCACCCGCCCAGCGCCGCGCCACUGCCGCACCGCCGCACAGCGCCAGAGCGCCGACGGCCCACGCCCAGCCACGCCACACACCCGCACGCCGCGCGGCCACACAAGCCAAGCGCCACCCGCGCGACGACCUGCCGGGCCCACGCCGCACGGCGCCGAACGCCGCCGACGCAAGCCGGGCCAACGACGCGAAGACGCCGACGCGCCCACGCCGCCGGCGCACAACACCGAGGGGCACAGCCGCCAAGCAGCAGCCGAGGCACCAACGCCGACGACGCGCCGCGGCGCAAGCGCGCGCAACACGCGCGCGGCCAAACCGCAGGACACGCAACGACAAAGGAAGACCAUCACCCUUCAAGCACACACAACCCAACCAUCCAGCCCAACCACAACCAGCCACUCCCCAUUCACCAUACCUACACCCUCUCCCAAUCCCUCUUCCCACUCCUCCUCUUCCCACACCCCCUCCACCUCCUCUUCCCUCCUCAUUUUCUCCAUGGACCCAGUCCCUCUCCCCAGAUGUGUCCGUUUCCGUUUCAGCCAGGCCCAAAUGAGAGGGACAUCUGCCCAGGCUGAUUGGAACGGGGAGGGGGAAGGGGAAGCCUUGCUGAGGGGGACAGGAACAGUUAACAUGGGGGGACGGGAACAGUUAACAUGGGGGGACGGGAACAGUUAA